UACUCUGGGACUUGGUACCCAAAGGCCAUGAUACACAACGGGAGCCUACCCAGUCACAAGAUACCUGCCAAGAUUUUCCCUGUGAAGGUGACAUCCCUGGAAGGUGGAGACUUGGAGGCCAAGAUUACGUUCUGGAAGAAGGGUCAGUGUCAUGAGCAUAAAAUCGUGAUGGAGAAAACCAAUGAGCCUGGCAAAUACACUACCUUUCAUGGCAAGAAGUUCGUUUAUAUCAUAGAGCUGCCCGUCAAGGACCACUACAUUUUCUACUGUGAAAACCGUCACCAUGGGAAGUCAUUCAGCAUGGGAAAACUCAUGGGGAGAAAACCUGAGGAAAAUCAAGAGGCCAUGGAAGAAUUUAAGAAAUUCAUACAGCGCAAGGGACUCAAAGAGGAAAACAUCUUCAUACCAGAGCUGAGUGGUGAGAGCAGGAAUGCCCAUGCCUCUCCCUGUGUCCCCUAUGUCACUGCCCCCAAACCAGGAAUGUGGAAAAGCCUAGAAUAUCGGGCUCAGGAACGGGAGGAUCCUCAUCCCAUCCACAUAGACAG